AUGUCUGGCUUUCUUGAGAAUGCAUACAGUUUAGUUCAUCAGGACAAUGCGGCCGAUGUCCCCACCGUUUCCGACCUGCGCAUGCAGUUGGAGAAAGGCACCGACGAGAGCAAGGUCGAGACCAUGAAGCGCAUCUUGACCAUCAUGCUCAACGGUGAUCCCAUGCCCAGUUUGCUAAUGCACAUCAUCCGUUUUGUCAUGCCCUCGAAGUACAAGCCUCUCAAGAAGCUCCUUUACUUCUACUAUGAGAUCUGCCCCAAGCUUGACAGCACCGGCAAGCUUAAGCAAGAAAUGAUUUUGGUUUGUAACGGUAUCCGAAACGAUCUCCAACACCCCAAUGAAUACAUCCGAGGAAACACUCUCCGCUUCCUUUGCAAGCUGAGGGAAGCUGAGCUUAUUGAGCCCCUCCUCUCUUCAGCGAGAUCUUGCCUCGAACACCGACAUGCAUACGUCCGGAAGAAUGCCGUUUUCGCCAUCUCCUCUAUUCACACACACUCGCCUUCUCUGAUCCCCGACGCUUCAGAACUUAUUUCCACCUUCCUCGAGGGAGAGAGCGACGGUGUUUGCCGAAGGAAUGGCUUUGCUGCCCUUGCCAGUAUCGAUCAUGAUGCUGCCUUGCUGUAUCUCAGUUCCGUUUUCGAAGGAAUCCCCAACGCAGAAGAACUUCUUCAGCUUGUCGAGCUUGAGUUCAUUCGAAAGGAUGCUGUCCAGAACUCCCAGAACAAGGCUCGGUACUUGAGAUUGAUUUUCGACCUGUUGGAAGCCGGUGCCUCGACCGUCGUAUACGAAGCCGCAUCGUCCCUAACCGCUCUUACGAACAACCCGGUUGCUGUGAAGGCCGCCGCCGCCAAGUUCAUCGAGUUGAGCAUCAAGGAGGCAGACAACAACGUUAAGCUUAUCGUACUCGAUCGAGUUGACCAACUGCGGAAGAAGAACGAAGGUGUCCUUGACGACCUGACUAUGGAGAUUCUCCGAGUCCUGUCCAGCACUGAUAUCGACGUUCGAAGAAAGGCUCUCGGUCUUGCCCUUGAGAUGGUGUCCAGUAAGAAUGUCGAAGAAGUUGUUCUUUUACUAAAGAAGGAGCUCUCCAAGACCGUCGAUCAAGAAUACGAGAAGAACACUGAAUACCGAUCACUCCUCAUCCACUCGAUUCAUCAGUGCGCCAUCAAGUUCUCUGAGGUUGCCGCAAGCGUCGUGGAACUUCUCAUGGAUUUCAUCGCCGACUUCAAUAACGUUUCGGCUGUCGAUGUUAUCAACUUUGUGAAGGAGGUGGUUGAGAAGUUCCCCAACCUGCGAACUACUAUUAUCGAACGUCUUGUCUCUACCUUGGGCGAGGUCCGAGCUGGCAAGGUUUACCGUGGCAUCAUGUGGAUCAUCGGUGAAUACUCCCUUGAAGAGAAGGAUAUCCGAGAGGCUUGGAAGAGGAUACGUGCGAGUCUGGGCGAGAUGCCAAUUCUUGCCUCCGAGCAACGGCUACUUGACUCCCAUGAGGGAGAUGAGAAGACUGAGGAUCAUAUCAAUGGCACAUCGAAGCCAGCUGCACCAUCUGGCUCACGUAAAGUUCUUGCCGAUGGCACUUACGCUACUGAGACUGCUCUGACCAGUCAGUCCUCAGCUGCUGCCAGGCUGGAGGCCGUCAAAACCGCUCAGAAGCCCCCUCUGCGUCAACUCAUUCUCGACGGUGAUUACUAUUUGGCGACUGUGUUGUCGUCCACUCUAGUUAAGCUUGUCAUGCGACACCAUGAAAUUUCUUCCGACAAGGCUCGCACUAACGCUCUCCGAGCCGAGGCUAUGCUCAUCAUGAUUUCCAUUAUCCGUGUUGGUCAGUCUCAAUUUGUCAAGGCCCCUAUCGACGAGGAUUCUGUAGACCGAAUCAUGUCCUGCGUGCGCUCUUUGGCUGAGUUUGAAGAGAAGAAGGAACUUGAGACUGUCUGGUUAGAUGACACCAGAAAGGCUUUCCGAGCUAUGGUUCAGGUCGAGGAGAAGAAGCGAGCUGCCAAAGAAGCUUUCGAGAAGGCCAAGACAGCUGUGCAGGUUGAUGACGUUGUCUCUAUCCGACAGCUCGCCAAGAAAAAUACUACUGAUGGUCUCGAUGAGAUUGAAGUGGAUUUGGAGAGGGCAACAGGUGGCGAGGGCACCGCUGAGGAUCUCUCUUCCAAGCUUAGCCGUGUAGUCCAGUUGACCGGUUUCUCCGACCCCGUCUAUGCCGAGGCAUAUGUCAAGGUCCAUCAGUUCGAUAUCGUUCUUGACGUCCUUCUGGUCAACCAAACUACGGAAACCCUCCAGAACCUGUCAGUUGAGUUUGCCACCCUUGGUGACUUGAAGGUGGUCGAGCGGCCUACCACACAGAACCUGGGUCCGCAUGACUUCCAUAACGUCCAAUGCACGAUCAAGGUCUCAUCAACAGAUACCGGUGUUAUCUUCGGUAACGUUGUUUAUGAUGGUGCUCACUCUACCGACACCAACGUUGUUAUUCUCAAUGACCUUCAUGUCGACAUUAUGGAUUACAUACAGCCUGCUACUUGCACUGAGACUCAGUUCCGUACCAUGUGGACUGAGUUUGAAUGGGAGAACAAGGUCAACAUCAACUCCAAGGCCAAGACACUUCGCGACUUCCUUGAUCAGCUAAUGGCUUGCACAAAUAUGAACUGCCUGACGCCAGAAGCUAGCCUCAAGGGCGACUGCCAGUUCUUGAGCGCCAACUUGUACGCAAGAAGCGUUUUCGGCGAGGAUGCUCUUGCCAACCUGAGCAUUGAGAAGGAGGGCGAGGACGGACCCAUUACUGGGUUCGUGAGAAUAAGGAGUCGAUCACAAGGCCUAGCCCUGAGCCUGGGCUCAUUGAAGGGUCUCAAUAAGAUUGGCUCAACGUCUUAG